CCUCCUACUUCCGAGAUCGUUUGCUUAAAAAAUUAGCUCCAUUUAGAAUUAAACUGAAUUCUCCUACCGUUUGCAGUUUUAAAAUUGCGUAGUUAUGAAGGUUAAUUUUUGUAAAAAUACGAAGUUCAAUCUAUUAGUUGCGUGCUUAUGUUUGCUGGUAUACUACGCCUGUUGUUAUGGAUACUCUACUAAUGAAAAUGACACGAGAAUCAUUUCAACCCGCAACGAAACAGAAGAGAGUUCUUCAGAAUUCACAUCUGAUGAAGCAUGGCCCAAGUCACAGACCAAAGUUAUGGAUGGUGCCAUUAAAGUUGGACGCAUCAAAGUAGGAAAGAGCAAAAUCGGAAGUGGUGGAGGCAGCAAAACAGGAAAGAACAAAAUCGGAACUGGUGGAGGCAAAUCUUACCAUCAUUAUCGAUACCGCAAUUACAACACGAAACACGGCUCAGGACCUGUACCUACUUACGUUUUGAUUAUUCUAGGAAUAAUUGGAGGAAGCUUAUUGAUAGGCUUUCUUGCUUACGCAUAUUUGAAUUAUGUUAAUGAAAAAAAUAGCUUAGCAGAAACUUUUAAAGACUAGAAAUAUAUUGGUAUAUAUGAAACUAAUUGACAUACGCAAAAGUAAAAUACGUUGAAAAAUUUUAUUACCAUAUUAUUGUAAUUAUUGAAAUGGCAUUAAAUUUCAAACAAAUACUUAAAUUUUUUAAAUUUUUGCAACAUCCUUAUUUGCAACAAAUACAUGAAAUGUAUCCGCAGCCUACUCCACAUUGUUUCGAGGACCGUAUUCUGCCCGAGAAUCAUCAGUUUGAGACAAGUGUUAUACCUGUUACCGUGAAAGACCGAUAUUGGAGAAUGUCGGCUUUCACCGGAGAAUGUGAACAUUCACCAAAUACGUCGGUGAAAGAUCGAAUAUUGCAUUACAUUCUUGAACAUUCGGACCCUCACCGGUGUAUGUCGACAGUCACAAAUAUGUUCUGGUGUCGGUCCAAAAGAGAGGUCAUAAAGUAUCAUAAUAGUUUAAAUUGUUGCAAUAAAUAAGAUUUGAAUCACAUAA